AAAGGUGUGAAGGUUUUAGGUGACUCGAACUCGAAUGGGAAUCAGGUGAAGUGAUAGUCGUACCUGUCCGGCUUCUCUUCGUCUCUGUUCCUUUGAACAGAAUUCACAAGUCUCUAGACGAAGACGUUAGCGGCCGAUCCGCGUGUUGAAGAGACUAUCCCAUAGCCAUUAUGCUUCCUCUUUCCCUUCUCAAGACUGCCCAAGGGCACCCUAUGUUGGUAGAACUGAAAAAUGGGGAAACCUAUAACGGGCAUUUGGUUAACUGUGACACAUGGAUGAAUAUCCAUCUCCGUGAAGUCAUCUGUACCUCAAAAGAUGGAGAUAGAUUUUGGCGAAUGCCUGAAUGCUACAUACGAGGAAAUACGAUUAAGUACCUAAGAGUUCCAGAUGAGGUUAUUGACAAAGUUCAGGAAGAAACCAAGAGCCGCACAGAUCGCAAACCACCUGGCGUGGGACGAGGUAGAGGAAGAGGGAGUGCGGAUGGUCCUGGGGGACGUCAAGCCAAAGGAAUUGGGCGUGGCCUUGAUGAUGGUAGUGCAAAAGGACCAGGUGGAGGCAGGGGCAGGGGUGGGUCAGGUGGCAAGCCUGGUGGAAGAGGCGCUGGACGAGGAAGAGGUUAAUUUAGUUUGUGCUGUAACAGUUCAGGAUGGGCCAGUUUGCUACUUUUAGAGGCAUUUGUGCCCAUUUUAUUUGGGUGCAUUGACAGAUUCUUCUGCAUAUUAUCUUUUUAUCUAUGGAUAUUUCGUCGUCUUAGGCUUUCAUGGCUGUUAUGGUUACCAAAAUAUAGGUGAUAUCAAAGAAUUUGAUGAAAGCCUCUGGCCGUGCAUCAUAUUUCAACCAUUAUCCAAAUCAUUUGCCCCAAUGAGUAAGGAUGAUGAUACUAAACGCUUAAUUUAUAUUUAAUUCACGGAGCCUUUGGUUGAUUGUU